UCCUCAAAGCCCUGAGCCCUAAUUCGGUUUCCAUGCUCUGUGCUGGAGUUUUGCUUCUCUAGGCGUAGCAAUUGCAAGCCACAGAUUGACUCCGUGAAUUUGAUAGGUUGCUGCCGAGUGAGAGAUCGGCAGCAGCAACAUGGUGGAUCUGCUGGCGCGAGCUGGCCGGGAGUCAUUUCGGGUGGGUGCUGCAACGAUGAAGAGCAGGGCUAUAGUAAUUGGGGAAGUUUGGGGAGCCCGAGUACCGAGGACUAGUGUGUGGCUCAAUGGCGGCCAUGCGUGGGAGGACAAGAGGGACAAUGUGGCUUUGCUUUCAUUUCCUCGUUUGUGUCCCGCUGCGGAUUCUCCGUCCCUGCUCCCUGGACUAGAGGAGUCUAGAGACUCGAAGACUGCAAGUGGUUUACUGAAGGAUGAUAGGGCUUCUUCGAGUGUUGCUGCAGAAAGGAGCAGCUACGCUAUAGAGUUUAACCGAGGAAUGCACAGGAGAGCAUCUGGGGAGUCGGGUGUUUCCAAGCCGUAUGUAUAUACCCUCCAUCCUUCCUCUCGGACAAGCAUCCAUCCGACGUCCCUCAAGAGACUUCCACAUAUCAGAAUUGCAGGUGCGCCGAAGUACUUGUUUUAUUUCAGGAAAGGCGUCUACCAUCUCUUGCUUGUCGGGCCAAAUUCUUUGUUGCUGCCAAGAUCAUCAAUCAGAAUGAAAUUUCCAUGCAAACUCGAAAUAGAGGAAGCUCCCGACGUAGUUGUGGAUUCACAGAAUAAAAUAUCAGACAAAACCAUGGAGAAGGAUCGUGUGGGCUUGCAUUACAUGCGUCAUGGUUCAGAGUUCCUGUUGGGAGUGAGAGGUUCAAGGGAGGACGUGGAAAUCAUCAAAUCCCGAAUAGCUAAUUUUUUGAGGACAGAGCUUCACUUAGAAGUUGGCCUUGCAUCUCAUGUGCACAUUCAAAGUGGUUCCGUGGUGUUCCUGGGGACGCGGAUAGCUGGGCUUUUAGAUAACAAAACACGAAGGCGUUUUUCCAAAGAAAUUGAGAAACGCAGGCGAAGCAAGAUCCGCUUUCAAAGAAUGGCCGAAGUGCGCACUGAUACCUGGCACAAUGAAUUGAAGGAUCUAGCUCUACAGUCGUGGGCAUUUGGCUUGAAAAAAACGAAGCAGAAGCUGCAGUCGUGGGAAAUCGCUAAGCAGGCUAUGCACAAGAAAUCACAAGAAUUGGCUAGUAAUUUUGUUAUUGAUCAGAUUGACAGGGGACAGACGCGAGAUGCAAUUCAGCGUAUACUGGACAAAGAAGAGGAGGUAUUUUUUGAUGCCCCGAGCACUGGUUUACCUGAACCAAUACUCCGUGCUCACAAGCGUCUCACGAGACUUAUGGAGAAAUAUCUUGAAGAUGAAACAGCAUAUGAAAAGAGGACAAAAGCUAUAGAGAGGGCGCAACCUAGAGCUCCAAGGGAGCAAGAUGAAGGCGUGAUACCUCUGCAACUACUCGCACCUAUGGAAAUCGUCACCGAGAAGCUGCGCAUUAAGGGAAUUUUGCAGCCUAGUAAAGCGCUUCCGACUGUGCUCACUUCCAUGUUAAGCUCUUCUGAUGAGGCUAUUGUUUCUUACUUUGCCGCUUUGGGGACCUGUCUUCUGAGCUACUAUCGAUGUUGUGAUAAUUUCCAGAAGGUGCGUAGGCUAGUAGACCACCAAGUGCGGUGGUCUGCACUGUUCACUCUUGGAAGCAAACAUGGCUGUUCCGCUAGAAAAAUUAUCAGGCAGUUUUCUCGAGGGCCCAGGAUCUUGAAUCGGAAGGGGGAAGUCGUUGUAGAAUAUCCAAGCUCCCUUGACAUCUUACGCAUGGGCAAGAAGUUCUUGCUUCAUGUGCAACACAACUCAUUGGAUGAUAUACUGCGCUCCAAGCGUUUGCAGCUCCUUCCCAGCGAGGAUAAGAAGGGCCCGCGAAGGGUUCGUUUACGAGAUAUCUAAAUCUUACCAGGUAGAAGCAAGUUCCUCUUGAUUUCAUUCAAUGACAGUCUAGUAGUUUAGGUAGGGCUUCCUAAUUGUCGCUGGAAGAAGAUUUGUUUUUGUGUUAUGUUGGACCAUCUCUGUUCUUUGAAGUGAUACUUCAUAGAUAACAGAUAUUGUAAAAAGCAAGGUGAACUUGGUCUGUAGGAAACUUCUAUGACAAAUAUCUUUGUUUGUACUUGCUGGUAUUGGACAGCCUCGGGUCUAGGCAUUCUUGGAGUUAA